AUGAAGUGCCUCUCCCUGCGUCACAGCGGUCGCUCCUCCUCCCGAACGCCGGCGGGCUUUGCGCCUGCGCAGUGGAGUCGGGCGCUCGCCGGGUCUUGCGCUUCUGGAGGGUCCCGAACCGCGUGUGGCUACGGGAUGGCGGAACCCCGGGCCGAGUCCGAACCUCUUUUGGGCCGGUUCCGUGGCGGCAGUGGUGGCAGCAGCGGCGACUGCCCGCCGGGGCUACUCACUUGCCGCAGCGUCCAGGUCGGCCCUGAUGGCGUGGCCUUGCAGGACCUCUGCAUCAACCAGGCUGUGGUCUUCAUUGAAGAUGCUAUCCAGUACCGCUCCAUCUACCACCGCAUGGACGCCAGCGCGAUGCGGCUUUACCGAUGGUAUUACUCAAAGGGUUGCCAACGGGUUCUGAACUUCACCAUUUUCUUGAUCCUGGCUUUGGCUUUUAUUGAGACCCCUUCUUCAUUCACAAGAACCGCAGAUGUACGCUACCGCUCCCUGCCCUGGGAGCCACCCUGUGGCCUGACCGAGGGUGUGGAGGCGCUCUGCCUGCUAGUCUUCCUGGCUGAUGUCUCUGUGAAG